GUUCAGUUUACAGAAUACUUAGUACUGUUAACUUCUUUGCGACCAAAGUUCGCGGCUGUUGUGUUUGGCGAAAAUGGGAGAGGCUCAAGGAAGCAAGCAGCAAGGGCUUGGAAUGCAGCUCUUGGUAACAUAUUCGUACAUGUUCAUAUGGAUCUUUCUAUCGGCUGCCGUGAUCAUGGUCAACAAGUAUGUGCUGUCGAUGAGCGGCUUUCCUUACCCGGUUGCCCUUACCUGCACGCACAUGGGCUUCUGCUCUAUACUAGCAUUCGUGCUGGUGAAGGGAGGGUUCGUAGAAGCAGUCAACAUCACCGCUGACACUUACCUGAGCUGUAUCCUGCCCAUCGGCCUGCUGUUCGCGGGCACUCUGUGGCUGGGCAACGCCGCCUACCUAUACCUGUCCGUGUCCUUCAUCCAGAUGCUCAAGGCGUCCAUGCCCAUGGUCGUGUUCGUUGUGGGCGUGGGCUUCGCGACGGAGAAGUUCACCACGCGGGUGGCCCUCAACAUGGUGGUGGUGGGCACCGGAAUCGCCAUUGCGUCAUAUGGCGAGAUCCACUUCGUCGUGGUCGGCGUGCUGCUGCAGGUUGGCAGCAUUGCCACGGAGAGCGUGCGCCUGACGCUCGUGCAGAUCCUGCUGCAAAAGCGCGGCAUUAAGAUGAACCCCGUGUCCACGCUAUACCACAUCGCGCCCUGCUGCUUCGUGUUCCUGUUCCUGCCCUUCAUCUACAUUGAGCUGCCCAAGAUGGUGAACGACCCCAACCUCAACGUCAACAUUCCGCUGCUGCUGCUCAGCGCGGCGUGCGCCUUCGCCCUCAACAUGUCCGUGUUCCUGCUCAUUGGCAAGACCUCGGCGCUGACCAUGAACGUGGCUGGUGUCAUCAAGGACUGGCUGCUCAUUCUGCUCUCGGUCGUGCUCUACGGGUCGCCAGUGACUCGCACGCAGCUGUUCGGGUACGGCCUGGCGUUCCUGGGCGUCAUGUACUACAACUACGCCAAGGUGGAGCAGAUGAAGGCCAGCGCGGCGGCGGCGGCGAAGGCGCCGGAGAAGCAGCCACUGGUGGAGUCUGGGGACCAGGGUAAAUCGGACAACGCGUAAGCGAUGCCCUGUACAUCAGGCAGAUACCUAUUGUGUCUAGGGAAGCAGCGGUGACAGUCGCGGCAGCGCGGUGGCAGGCGAGGGUAAGGAUAGUGUGAUAGACAACCGUCAUCAGGCCAACGGCGGCAUAACGGCUGUCUCAUGUGUGGCUCCAUGCUGGCGAGCCUGGGACCUAGGCAGCUUGGAAGCCCGGGCAAGGGGUCAAGCGGUGUUACUGACACGGGCUCACAUUUUUCUUGUUGGUUGGGCACCGCGUCAUUGCCCGCCAUGGACCGUUAGGAAUGAUAUCCCUAUUAGAUAGGCGUGGUGAGCUUCAAUUUCAUGGAUGCUUGCGACCGGGCCGUAGUGAGUGAGAUAGCGGUGUACGGAGUAAUGUGCACUCGGGGAAUAGGAGAAUGGUCUUUGCCGUUUCAAGGUUGUGGAUGGGUGUCCUGCUGGUGCCUUGGGUGGAAUGUGUAAAGCGAGGAAAGGGCCAGAUCUGCUAUAUGGUCUUGAUGCACACGGGUUGCAACCAGCAUGCAUGUGCACGUACAUGCCAGAAGGAGCUUGGACCUGGAGGGCUAGGUGGUGGACAUCCUAGCGUGGUGGACUGGUGGUGGUGCCCAACUCGUGGCUUGCUUGUAGGUGGCAAGCGAGGUGCGCCUGACAGCCCUGACUCUGAUAUUCAUCCUCUAAACACGCCAUGAGCGUGCCUCAUGAGACUCGCUAAAAGUCCGUGGCAUCGCAUGCGUGCACGCAAGGAGGCGUGAAGCACCAGCUUGGUAGCUAGCUUGAACAGCUUGGCGCCAGGAUUGCCGACCCGGCUUACGGUGGCACGGGCUUACAGGUGGGGGGGGGGCAUUCAACACGGUGCAUCCCACCAUUCAGCCACGCCCCCAAGGCCUCAACUGGGCCUUUCACCCA